AUGGCUGAUUAUAACUACGGUGGCUCGGAGGAGGAGAACGCGGAGUUGAGGAAGCUCGAGGUCGAGCUGGAGGAUGACCCGGAUAACUUUGAGACCUGGGAGAAGCUGGUGCGCGGCGCCGAGGCGCUGGAGGGGGGAAUCAACCGCAACUCCAACCCGCAGGCCAUCACGACGGUCAGGCACGCGUACGAUCGCUUCCUUGCCAAGUUUCCGCUGCUGUUUGGAUACUGGAAGAAAUAUGCAGAUCUCGAGUUCUCCAUCACGGGAACGGAAGCGGCAGAAAUGAUUUAUGAGCGAGGCGUCGCGAGUAUUUCACCUUCGGUCGACCUGUGGACAAACUACUGCUCCUUCAAGGCGGAAACAUCCCAUGAUGCUGACAUUAUCAGAGAGCUUUUUGAACGUGGCGCAAACAGCGUGGGGCUCGAUUUCCUCGCCCAUCCGUUCUGGGAUAAGUAUAUCGAAUUUGAAGAGCGCCUGGAGGCGACAGACAAGAUCUUCGCAAUCCUUGGCCGCAUCAUCCACAUUCCUUUGCAUCAGUACGCCCGCUACUUUGAGAGAUACCGCCAGCUCGCCCAGACACGCCCGGUGAGCGAGCUUGCCUCUUCGGAGAUCUUGUCGCAGUUCCGUACGGAGCUCGAGGCUGCCUCUUCGCACGUUCCUCCGGGCGCAAAGGCCGAAGCUGAGAUCGAGAGAGAUCUCCGUCUGCGCCUGGACAGCUAUCACUUGGAAAUCUUCUCAAAGACACAGACAGAAACCACAAAACGCUGGACCUACGAGUCUGAAAUCAAGAGACCCUAUUUCCAUGUGACGGAGCUGGAUGAGAGUCAGUUGGCCAACUGGCGCAGGUACCUCGACUUUGAGGAGGCCGAAGACUCGUACUCGCGCGUCCAGUUCCUGUAUGAGAGGUGUCUGGUGACCUGCGCCCACUACGAAGAAUUCUGGCUGCGUUAUGCCAGAUGGAUGAGCGCUCAGACUGGAAAAGAAGAGGAGGUCCGAAACAUUUACCAGCGCGCAAGCUGUUUGUACGUGCCCGUUGCCAACCCGACAACACGCCUGCACUAUGCGUAUUUCGAGGAGUUGUCGGGCCGCAUCGAUAUUGCCAAGGAUAUCCAUGCAGCCAUCCUCUUCGCCCUGCCGAACAGCGUGGAGACGAUCACUUCUCUGGCCAACCUAUCGCGCCGACAUGGCGGUCUUGACGCUGCCAUUGAGGUAUACAAGAGCCAGCUGGACUCGCCCCAGUGCGAUCUGGCCACCAAGGCGGCCCUUGUCGCGGAGUGGGCUCGACUACUGUGGAAAAUCAAGGGCUCGCCCGAAGACGCUCGGAAUGUCUUCCAGGAGAAUCAGCAGUAUUACCUCGACAGCCGUCCAUUCUGGUCGAACUACCUUACCUUUGAACUGGAACAACCGACCAGCUCUGCUUCGGAAUCCGUCCAGUACGAGCGUAUCAAAUCAGUCGUUGCUGAAAUCCGCACAAAGAGCGCCCUCCCAUUACAAACGGUCAAGGAGCUGGUCCAGCUCUAUAUGGUUUACCUUCUCGAGCGGGGUACGAAGGACGCGGCCAAGGAAUAUCUCACGCUCGACCGAGAAGUCCACGGGCCUGCCUCGGUGGCUGCCACCAAACCUGUCGUCCCGGAUGAGACCACCCAGAACGGCACCGAGUCAGCACAUGCUACCGUUCCUCCUUCCGGGACUCCGGCCGCGGCUCCUGUGAAUGCCGCCGCUGACCAGGGCAACUCCUAUGCAUACUAUCAACAAGCUCCUGUUGACGGUGGGAUGCACGACGUCGCUAUGAACGGUAUAGGCGAGAUUGCUCCGCCCGGUCCCCCCCCGGAUCCCAUCGAACGCCCUCCCACGCCUCCACCGCCUCCUGAGGAGUCCGUCGCCCCUCCGCCGCCCCCAGAAGUGUCGGCGCCGCCUCCUCCGCCAGAAGACCUGCUCCCUCCCCCGCCGCCUGAGAAGAAGACGAAGAAAGGAUGGGGGGCCCAGCGGCCAGCUGCGACGCCGCUGAGUGUGGAGGAGCUGCUGCGGAAGAAACGUGAGGCGGAUGCAGCUGCUGCGAAGCCGAAAUUUCUUUCCAGAGCUGAACGAGAACGUCUUGCAUUAGAGAAGCGCGCGAAAGAAGUGGACGUCGAUCGACGAUCCAGAAAUGGAGGUCUACUGAGCGAGGGGGUUCGGGGCGGCAGACAGUCGCCGUCGGUAAGAUCCGAGACCACGCCCAACGGUGACGGUCGGUACAUUCCGACAGGACCUCGGGCAAUGCGAAAUGGCGAUGCGCCUACGGGCCCGGCUGCUAUGCGAGGCUCGCAGCCAAAUAAGAACUACGACAUGUCACCUCCGGCGCCACCCAAGCCCAUUGCAUUCGGAGCCAAUGACUCGAAAGGCGGGAAGGCGCGGCUUACAGAGGAGGAAGAGGCAACUGCACAAGCUGCGCUGGUCAAACAGCGGUACAUGGGGUCGGAGCAGACGUCGAGUUUCUCCGCGAAGAAGAAGCGGAAGAGGACGACGGAUCGCAAGUUCAACUUUGAGUGGAAUGCCGAAGAAGACACCAGCGGAGACCAUAAUCCACUUUAUCAGCAUCGGCAUGAAGCCAACUUUUUCGGUCGAGGGCGUCUUGCGGGUUUCGGAGAAGACAUUGCGGACGACAUGGCUAAGAAGUAUGCCCGAGCGCUGGAGGACCGGGACCGCGAGGCAGGCAGUGUACGUGCCCGGGAGAUCCUGGAAAUGGAGAGGCGACGCCGGGAAGAGAGUUCGCGCAACCAGCUCGACAAACACUGGAGCGAGAAGAAGCUCGAACACAUGCGCGAAAGAGAUUGGCGUAUCUUCAAGGAAGACUUCAACAUCAGCACAAGAGGUGGAAGUUUGCCGAACCCGAUGCGGUCCUGGCAAGAGUCCAGCCUUCCCAAACGGCUGCUCGAGCUUAUCGAUCGCGUCGGGUACAAGGAGCCCUCACCGAUCCAGCGGGCCUCUAUCCCUAUUGCCCUGCAGAACCGAGAUCUUAUCGGUGUGGCUGUUACAGGUUCAGGUAAGACUGCAGCGUUCCUGCUCCCGUUACUCGUCUACAUCGCAGAGCUCCCGCGGUUGGAUGAGUAUGAGUGGAGGAAGAACGACGGUCCGUACGCGAUCGUCCUUGCUCCAACGCGUGAAUUGGCCCAGCAGAUCGAGAUCGAGGCCAAGAAGUUCACCCAGCCGCUGGGAUUCAACGUGGUCAGUAUUGUCGGUGGUCACUCGAUCGAAGAGCAAGCGUACAGCCUACGGAACGGGGCGGAGAUCAUCAUCGCCACUCCCGGACGACUGGUGGACUGUAUUGAGCGACGCAUCCUAGUGCUUAGCCAAUGUUGCUACGUGAUUAUGGACGAAGCCGACCGCAUGAUUGACCUUGGGUUUGAGGAGCCCGUCAACAAGAUCCUCGACGCGCUCCCCGUGUCAAACGAGAAGCCUGACAGCGAGGAAGCCGAGGACUCGCGCGCCAUGAGCCAACACAUCGGCCGGGAACGGUACCGCCAGACGAUGAUGUACACGGCGACCAUGCCGACGGCCGUGGAGCGCAUCGCACGCAAAUAUCUGCGCCGGCCCGCGAUCGUGACGAUCGGCAGCGCCGGCGAGGCCGUCGACACGGUCGAGCAGCGCGUGGAGCUCGUCGCAGGCGAAGACAAGCGCAAGAAGCGUCUGGCAGACAUCCUGUCCUCGAACGAGUUCCGCCCGCCCAUCAUCGUCUUUGUCAACAUCAAGCGCAACUGCGACGCCAUCGCUCGCGAGAUCAAGCAGAUGGGCUUCUCCUCGGUCACCCUGCACGGCAGCAAGACGCAGGAGCAGCGUGAAGCCGCCCUGGCCUCGGUCCGCAACGGCUCCACGGACGUCCUCGUCGCCACUGACCUUGCGGGUCGUGGUAUCGAUGUCCCCGACGUCAGCCUCGUCAUCAACUUCAACAUGGCCACCACUAUCGAGAGCUACACCCACCGUAUCGGCCGUACCGGUCGUGCAGGAAAGAGUGGUGUCGCGAUUACCUUCCUCGGCAACGAAGACGCAGACGUCAUGUACGACCUCAAACAAAUGCUCAUCAAAUCGCCCAUCUCUCGCGUCCCUGAGGAACUGCGCAAACACGAGGCCGCGCAGUCCAAGCCGACGCGCGGGGGGGGCGGCAAGAAGAUCGAGGACAGUUCUGGCUUUGGAGGGAAGGGGGGGUGGGCUUAA